UUUCUGUACGGACACAUUUCUGGAAGGACACAAAUAGACGGAAAACGAUCUUAAUCAUUUGUUAUGCAGUCGAAAAUGUCGGGGCUGUUAGAAACAGAGCGAGCUGGAUGUACAAAGUUACUGCAGUCUAUGUCAAAAGACGACGUAUUCUCACUUUGUGACACAGUGACGAACAAGCUGAUAGUUGUGGAGAAUGUGACCGAGGCCAUUGGAACAAUUAUCACCUUUACUAAAAAUGCUGAAGAGCUCCUGAAAAGGAAGAAAGUUCAUCGCGACCUCAUAUUUAAAUACCUGGCCAAAGAAGGUGUGGCGAUGCCCCCAAACAGCGAGAAAAAUAAGCUGGUGAGAAGGACCCUGGAGCUCUGGUCGUCUGGGAAGGCUUGGUUUGACGAAAAGCUUUCUGGAGAAACAAAUGAGACCAAACAGAGGCUGACAUCAGACACGGAAAUUGUGAAGGCUGAGGUGGACUUCGACCCGCAGGUGCUCGGCCAGCAGUUCUGCCAGUGGUUCUUCGAACUCUUAAACAGUCAGAACCCAUCUCUGGGCCAGCCGCCUCAGGACUGGGGACCAAAACACUUCUGGCCAGAUGCGAAGCUACGCCUUCUGUCAAGAGCUGGCAGUGAACAGAUGGAGGAGUUCAUGGGUGCUGAGCUGGUCAGCCUUCGUCUCCUGGCUCUGACCAAGGACGAGCUACUCCUCCUCUGCCCCAACCUAGAGCCUCACGGCCUCAGGACUCUGGCCUCCCCCCAUGGCCUUGUACUGGUUUCAGUAGCCGGGACCAUCCACAGAGACAGAGCUUGUCUGGGUGUGUUUGAGCAAAUAUUUGGCCUCAUCCAUUCCCCGCUGGAGAACAACAGCUGGAAGAUCAAGUUUGUCAACCUGAAGAUCAGAGGGCAGGAUGCCCUGGGUGGCACAGAGACGGCAGCGCCUGCCUUGACUUACAACUCUACUGAAUUGCAACUUCUCUGCAGUUGAUGAGACACUUUAUUUUCUUUAAUUUACCCACACAUUUUUUUAACUCCUUCUGCUCUCUUUACACAUCCGACGUGCAGAACACAUAUUUAUCCAGGCAGUUGUUUUCAGAGAUCAGAGCCUGGCAACCUCUCCUAUCUGAUGUUUAGCAUGUCAGGAUGUAGGGUUGGGUUAUCACUGUUUCAUCUAGGUCUACUCGGCUCAUUGUUGAUGUAACAUGAACACAGGACAAAGCUUGAGAAAAAAUAUAUUCUUUUCGGCUUCCCAUAAAAUAGAAGUUUGCUGCUUCUUGUUGUGGAAACAUUUGAUUUAAAUGUAUACUUUACUUUUAUGAAACCUUUUGCUUUUUCAUCUUGUGCCUUACUAAAAAUACAAUGUAAAUACCAACAUGGAUGUGCUUUUGUAUAUAUGUAUCAAAAUAAAUAAAUGUAGGUAUAUUUCAA